GCCGCGAUAGAUAACGCUUUUAGGCGAAUUCAGAGAAAACUGCCUUAAAACGUAACGUAGAAAACGCAGAGCUGGUUUAAACAACAAGGAAAAAGUGUCGGAACUCACCUGCUAACGUGUUUUUGUAGCUGUCGCUAAGGAAUCCGCCAUAAACUGAGAGAAACACAAACUUUUUACAAGUUAAACGGGAGAUUCUGCCGCACCUUGUACAGGGACUCAAACCAAGAUCGUGUGUCACAACAAGAGGAGUCCCUCUGUGGUUAAAAACCAAGCCAGGAACAUCGGGUAAACUGGCCUGGAUUGAACAACUCUUUUGUAAACAACUACAAAUACAGCUACAAAUAUAUACAACGAAUUAAUACGUUUUAUCUGAUGAUGAAUAUGUCAACACACAGACUUAAAAUGUAGGUUAUUAGCUGUAAGAUAUGACUUUUUCAAUACAGCUCAGACUGAGGGACUCGGGAGAGGAGUGAUUCAUCUUACUUUUCCUGUCAUCUUGGAUAACGUUAACAGGAUGUGAUGUCACGGAAUUCCUUGUAUUCCUUUACAUUUCUGUAUUGGUCAUAUUUGUAAUGGUACUGUUUUUUCAAAUAAGAAACAAAUCAGAAAAAAAAUGUACCAUUAAUAAAUUAAAAAUAAUUAAAAUGUAAUUAUAAAGAAAAAUGCAUCCCUUUAAAUCUUUUAUUUUGUGUUUGUUAAAUUAAAAAUACAAAACAACAUUUGGAAGAGAGGAACUCAUGAUAUUUAACAUACCAAAAAUGUAAAAGUGUGUAAAAAAAACCAAAAAAUGUACAGUAUAAAUGAAUAUAUAAUGAAAGCAGUAAUAGGACCAGAGUAUAAUUAAUAUGAUCUAGAAUAUAAUACAUUUUCGAUCUUAAUUGGGGUUAAAUAUAGCAUGAAAAUUGUGAUUUCUACAGAUUUGAAGUGAUAAAGUCUCACCUGCAGCUCCAGUGUUUGGACGGAAGAUGGCGCCAUGUCCUCACUUUAUCCACUGCCUGUAAACCAGACCCGUCUGAUCACCUUUCAUGUAAUGAGGUUAAAUAACUACAUUUAGCACCCCUAAUUAAUCUUUAAAAUACCCCAAAAGGGAUUUAAAGUUAAAAUUAUGUUCUUUUUUCGCCUUUAAUUAAAGCAGACGUGUUUAUUAUCCCUCUCAACGCUAAGAAUUUGGUGAAUUUGCAGAAAAACAACUUGUGUUAUGAAUCUAAUUAAAUACAGACGGGUCACAUAAUGAGGGUGUUCGACCUCUUGUUGUUUUAGGUUAUGAUAAUCAGCAGCCAGAGGUCGGCUUGGCGUCUCCAGUUGCUCAUUUGGUUUUUCUGAGUUUCCCUAACACAUGUUGUACUGCAUAUCUGCUGGAUUUGACUAGAACUCAGGUUGUCUUUUUGAGGUUUAUACAAUACACCAGUGUGAGUUAUUAACCAUGUCCUGCAGCUGUACCUGCUGCUAUUAAAGGAAAACCAAUCAAAAACAAGCACAUCUAGUCCCUAAACACUGAUUUUUGGGGGUCUUUCAAAACCUGACUGUAGGAGUGAUUGGUCCUGAGGGAGGGUCACUAAGCACCGCCCCCUUCUCUUUAGCCCCGCUUCUCUUUAGCCCCGCCCCCUAGUUUUGGCCCCUGUAUAUAAGUAGUGUUUUGGCUCCUGAGCCUCAGAGGCAGCAUGGAAACACCUCCCUCUACUGAGGAGGAACAAGUGAAGAACAUGGAUUAAAUCUGACUCAUCAAGACUCAAUUAAAGAUGGACUCUGCUGCUGGAGGAGGGGAUGCUGUGAAGCUGAGAAAAAGAGAGUUUAACCCGGGAUACUGAGGACCAUAACCCGGGAUAAAGCAGUCAUAAAGAGGACAUAACACCUGUGAUAUAGAGGACUGAUAACCCGAAAACAAGAAAACAUUUCACAGGGAAAAAGAGGACAUAAAACCCUGAACACAGAGGAUAUGUUACCCGGGAUAAGGAGUGAAUAUCACAUGGAAAAAGAGGACAGACAACCCGGGAUAAACAGUGACUAAACCAGGGAUAAAGAGGACCAUAUACCCGGGAUAAAGAGUGACUAAAGUCUGGGAAAAGAGGACUUCUAACCCAGGUUCCAAAGUGAAUAUAACCCGGGAUAAAGAGCUUUUCUAACCCGGGUGAAGGCAGACCAUAACGCGAUGUAAGCGCGGUGUUGGAUCUUUGCUUUUCCUGCAGAAACUCAGAGAAAGUUUCCUCUUCUUCUUCUCAGAAAAUGAGGAUCUGUUUCUUCCGGCUCCUCGCGCUGUUCGUGGCUUCGUGCGCGCUCUCCCUCCGCGGCAGCGAGGCGGUGGAGGCGCACACCGCUGCUGCGUCGCUCGAAGGCUGCACAUCGUGCGGUGUCGACGCGGCGGCAGUGCGCAGUGACGCGGCAGAAGCGGCGCUGCUGCGCGGAGACUUCCUGGAGGCGGUGAAGCGGCACAUCCUCACACGCCUGCAGAUGCGCGAAAGACCCAACAUCACGCACCCGGUAUCGCGCGCUGCCAUGGUGACGGCGCUGCGCAAGCUGCACGCGGGGAAACUGCGCGAGGACGGCCGAGUGGAGAUCCCAAACCUGGACGGGCACGCGAUGAGCAACGAGGUGCCAGAGGACUCAGAGAUCAUCAGCUUCGCGGAGAGAGAUGACUUGCUGACCUCCAAGUCCAGCCUGUUCUUCCUGAUCUCCAGCGAGGGGAACCAGAACCUGUUGGUGACGCAGGCCGUCCUCUGGCUCUACUUCAAGCUGCUGCCGUCGCCGCUGGAGGUCCGCCCGCGGCGCAAAGUGACGGUGAAGGUGUACUACCAGGAGCCGGGCCUCGGAAGCAAGUGGAACCUGGUGGAGAAGCGCGUGGAUCUGAAACGGAGCGGCUGGCACACCUUCGUGCUCACGGACGCCGUGCGGCUGGUGUUUCAGAAGGGCGACCGGCGGCAGAACCUGGACGUUCGCUGCGAGGGCUGCGAGGCCGAGGACGUCGCGCCGCUGCUGCUCGACCACAACGACGAGGCGCACCGGCCCUUCCUGGUGGUGCAGGCGCGGCAGACUGACAGCAAGCACCGCAUCCGCAAGCGGGGGCUAGAGUGCGACGGCAGCAGCAGCCUGUGCUGCCGCCAGCAGUUCUACAUCGACUUCCGGCUCAUCGGCUGGAACGACUGGAUCAUAGCGCCUUCGGGGUACUUUGGGAACUACUGCGAGGGGAACUGCCCGGCGUACAUGGCGGGCGUCCCCGGAUCGGCGUCGUCCUUCCACACCGCGGUGGUGAACCAAUACCGCAUGCGGGGGAUGAGCCCGGGCUCCAUGAACUCCUGCUGUAUCCCCACCAAGCUCAGCACCAUGUCCAUGCUGUACUUCGACGACGAGUACAACAUCGUGAAGCGCGACGUGCCCAACAUGAUCGUGGAGGAGUGUGGCUGUGCCUGAGUCGAGCAGGCACAGAACAUAUUUAUGGAGAACCGAAGCGCACACACCACCUCAUCCACACGUAUCCAUGCACCCUCAUGUAUGCCUGCACAGAGACUUGUACAUAUAUUUAUGUUUGCUGAUAUAUUCUCUGCUGGAAGACGGUCUCAGAGUCCUUCAGAAGGGACGUUCUCUUCCAAAUCUUUAAAUACAAUCAAGUUCUUCAUGAGAUAUCUCUAAGAUAGUGAGGACCAGGACUCAUGUGACCGACUAGCCUUUCCAGAGCCGCUCCAGAUGUUAGGGUAGGUAGAUUUGGGAUUAAACUCUUCAUGUGUGAACCCAACCAGAGGAGACUCACCUCUUUAAAGAGCAACGCGCGGUGCAAGCACUGAAGAUGUUAAACACCAGUCGACCCAAGUACAGCACUUCCUCUGGACUCACAUUGACUCACAUUGAAACCGAAAGCAACUCUUCCAAACACAGGUCACCAAACCCUGAUCAAAUCCUGACAUCUAAAAAGGUAGACUUGUCAAUGGGAAGGGAGUACUGGGGCUUUUUCUGAUCUGGUUUCCACUAUCUUCACUGUGAGCUCGACACUAACCCCCAUUUCUAAAGCUCUACUGGUAAUUCAUGCUCUCAAUAUUUCCAUGUCGAAACGUAGGAAUUUGCAGCCCCAGAAUCACAGACAUUCUUGGAGCUUUUCUCCCUUUCAUUUACAAAAGCGUGCACCAAUUUAUCUGCCAAGUUUGACACUCAAUCUGAACCAUUUAGACACAGCAUCUCGCUGCCCUUCUUCUGAACGCUGCUUCCCAUUAUCUUCAUUGUUGUGGGACCACUGGUGCAUUCAAACAGAUCUUUCCAAGGAUCUUUUGAACAAAAACCACCGCUCACGUUAUCCAUUUCUCUAAUUUGACAAUAUUUCAAAAUUAUGGAAUUAGCAACCUCAGAAUUAAUCGAUUUUCUCAUCUUCCUUUCGAUUAUAAAAGCGUGCACCAAAGUUUCUCCCGUUCAGAUUUGGACUUGGCCUCUUGUUGCCGACCACAGAAGAGCAAAUUGGAGAGUGUUCCCCCCCACAGGAAUCUGAGGCUUUACAACGCAAACCACAUCCAGCUGCGCUCAAACCAGUCCAAUCCCAAAGGGAGCACCAGAAACCAUCCAAAGUUUAAACGAUUCCCGACAAGGAAUCCACUUCUGGUUCCCGUCAACCGUCCAAACUUCCUUUUCCAAGAACGCCAUCUUCCAGAUACUCUUUCAUAGCGUCCCCAACACGUGAAGAUGGCGGAAACACGUCAGGAAUGACCUCUCGUUCAUCCAGUGCUGUCUACAUAUUCCCUUCAGAGUCCUUCCAGUCGAUCCAGUCAGACUGGAAGCUCGGUCCCCCCGACCACACUUUGAUAGCACUUGCAGACUGAAAUGCCUUUUUAAUGAGCUCACAGAGAGAAAUAAGUGCCGCAUGAAGCUAUGCAAUGUAUAGUAUUUACCAUUUACACACACCAAUACUUGAAGUGUGAGUGUCUGUGAGCGGGGCAGGGGUCGGGCUCUGGACCGCAGGAGGCAAAUAAAUAAAAAUGUGUUUCUGGGGAAGUCUGGUACGAGGAAAGAAAGAUGUUACUCACUCCAGCUCUUAAAAAAUGUAAUUUCCAACCAAAACAUUCCUCUCCAUUCGGCUGCUAGUGAAACUCAACCCUAAGAUGAACAUUAUUGAGACACAACAUGGUUCUCCCCAAUUAUACUCUGAAGAAAAUGUACUUUUGUAUGUCGUUUCCAGUCUUUGAAACAAGGCCUAUCUCCGGUGCAUUUCCCAACGGACAGGGUUGAGUCUGGUGCAAAAUAAAGUAUAUUUUUAUAUGCAUUUUAAACAGAAAUAGCAGCUAGAAGGGACUUCUUGCAAAUACAGUUUGAAUAUUUAAAAGCAAACCCAGAAAUUGUGUUUUUUUCACACAAAAUGAUGUGAUUAUCUUAAGCCACAAAAUGUUGGAAAAAAAUGUUUUAGAUUUUUUUUAAUGAUAUCAAAUAUGAAAUAAAUCCGAUAUUUAAGUUUCAGAGUCACGUUGUUUUUGGGAAUAGAUCAGAAAUCCUACUUUAUAGAGCAAGGGACAACUAUUGGAAGGGAAGAUGGGAGAAAGCAUUAGUUCUGCUAUGCACUCAUCAAUUACAACCUCAUUAAAGAGGAUCAAAAUAACAGACAAUGUGAAAUAAAUCUGGUUUUAAUGUCUUUGUCCCUGUUUGACUGGGAACAGAAUCAGCCCUGUUUGACUGGGAACAGAAACAGGUUAGAAAUCUGCUUUUUUAAGGAGCUUUUAGAGAGUGUUUCCGAUCGAGAAAUGAAAGAUAACCCUCCUUCCUUCAUGUAUUGGAUCUCUGAAAUAUGAAAGCAGGCUAACUGGGGCUAACGUUGACCCAGAUGUGCUGCAUGAUUUUCUUUUUUUUGUCCCAGUGGAGUUCCCAGUUCGGCCCCGAAACACACUUAGAGACACACUUUCAGUCACUUUGACACCACUUUGAUAUUUCCAGGUUAGACUCAUCACUCCGCUAUCAGCCCUCCCAUCAGCCCGGGAAACUGCUUUGUAUUGUAGAGCUUCUGAUCAAUGUCAUUGAUUUUGGUUCUGAAUUAGAUGUGUUUCACUCUGGGGGCGUCAGAUGUACAAUUAGAAAGUUAUUCAGAGCUUUUUUGGGUCAUUUUAAACACAAAAUGAUAAAAUGAUUAGAAAUAAUUCAGGACAGCAAUGCUAAUGCUAGUCCUGUCACCAGUUUUACCGUGGCUACCCAUAGCUUUGAUCGUGUGGCUCAGAAAGGGUCAAAAGAAGCCUCUGAGUGAUUCCUGGUGUCUGGAUUUGGUUUCUAUGUGACCAGAAAUGUAUGAUCUGACACCAAGAAGGCAAAAAAGGUCAUUUCUAAGCCAUCGUCUAAGGUUAAGGUCAAAUUUCUUCCUUCUAUCCACUCUAUCGGCUCUUAUCCCCAGGCAGCCCCGUCUCUUGCCCGACCCCGCCUGCCUCCGUCAUCGAUGCUUGUUAGAGUAUUUGCACUGUGGAGCUAGGACUGAGAGCGAAUAGAAACUGCCAUUGAUGAGAGACGUUAUUUUUAUAGAAGCUAAAUUGAGUAUUAUACCUAAUCAAGCAACCAAAGAGGCCGUGAGCUCUGGAGGCCUAAACACUGUAUCAGGGUAUGAUCUCAGCUUCAUCCUUUUCUACUUUAUACCUAGACAAGGAAUAUCGCAUAUUUUUUAAUCAGAGUACUUCAAUAAUAUUCCUAGUGUUUUCCUUUCUUGUGUUGUUGUGAGCAGAGUCCUGUUAGCACGUCCUGUUAGCAGAGUCCUGUUAGCACGUCCUGUUAGCAGAGUCCUGUUAGCACGUCCUGUUAGCAGAAUCCUGUUAGCUGAGUCAUGUUAGCAUGUCCUAUUAGCAGAGUCAUGUUAGCACGUCCUGUUAGCAGAGUCAUGUUGGCAUGUCCUGUUAGCACGUCUUGUUAGCGGAGUCAUGUUGGCAUGUCCUGUUAGCACUUCUUGUUAGCAGAGUCAUGUUGGCAUGUCCUGUUAGCACGUCCUGUUAGCAGAGUCAUGUUAGCAGAUUCAUGUUAGCAGAGUCAUGUUAGCAGAGUCAUGUUAGCAGAGUCAUGUUAGCAGAUUCAUGUUGGCAUGUCCUGUUAGCACGUCCUGUUAGCAGUCAUGUUAGCAGAUUCAUGUUAGCAGAGUCAUGUUGGCAGAGUCAUGUUAGCAGAUUCAUGUUAGCAGAGUCAUGUUAGCAGAUUCAUGUUAGCAGAGUCAUGUUAGCAGAGUCAUGUUGGCAUGUCCUGUUAGCAGAUUCAUGUUAGCAGAGUCAUGUUGGCACGUCCUGUUAGCAGAGUCCUGUUAGCAGAGUUCUGUUAGCAUGUCCUGUUAGCAGAGUCCUGUUAGCACGUCCUGUUAGCAGAGUUCUGUUAGCACGUCCUGUUAGCAGAGUCCUGUUAGCAGAGUCCUGUUAGCACGUCCUGUUAGCACGUCCUGUUAGCAGAGUCCUGUUAGCAGAGUUCUGUUAGCAUGUCCUGUUAGCAGAGUCCUGUUAGCACGUCCUGUUAGCAGAGUCCUGUUAGCACGUCCUGUUAGCAGAGUCCUGUUAGCAUAGUCCUGUUAGCACGUCCUGUUAGCACGUCCUGUUAGCAGAGUCCUGUUUGCAGAGUCCUGUUAGCACGUCAUGUUAGCACGUCCUGUUAGCAGAGUCCUGUUAGCACGUCCUGUUAGCAGAGUUCUGUUAGCACGUCCUGUUAGCAGAGUCCUGUUUGCAGAGUCCUGUUAGCACGUCAUGUUAGCACGUCCUGUUAGCAGAGUCCUGUUAGCACGUCCUGUUAGCAGAGUUCUGUUAGCACGUCCUGUUAGCAGAGUCCUGUUAGCACGUCCUGUUAGCAGAGUUCUGUUAGCACGUCCUGUUUGCAGAGUCCUGUUAGCACGUCCUGUUAGCAGAAUCCUGUUAGCACGUCCUGUUAGCAGAGUCCUGUUAGCACAUCAUGUUAGCACGUCCUGUACAACCGCUGUAACAUACCGACAUGCUUUCUGAAAUACUUGUUUGUUAUUGAUGGGAAAUAAAUGUCUUAUUACCGGC